UUUCAGUUUCAGUUAUCAAACACCAUAAACCAAAAUUAUCUCUGGAUUUUGGGUACCAUUUUCCUUGGUGAAACACGACUUAUGGCUGUGGGAGAUGCUUUUCUGUCUGCUGCUUUUCAAGUGGCAGUUCAACUGUUGGCCUCCCCCAUCAUACGUGAAUUUGGGUUACGGUUGGGUGUUGAUAAAGAUCUGAAAAAACUGGCAAGAACUCUGUCAAAAAUUCAAUCUGUGCUCAACGAUGCCGAGGAGAGACAGAUCAGCGAUCUGGCAGUGAAGAUGUGGUUAAGUGAUCUUAAAGACCUCGCUUAUGAUGCAGAAGACGUACUAGAUGAGGUUGCAACCGAAGCUCUGAGACUUAAUAACCAGAAGAAUCAGGUACACAACUUUCUCUCCUUGUCUAAAGAUUUCCUGUUUAAACAAGGCUUAGCAUCUAAGAUUAAAGAGAUUAACGAGAGAUUAGAUGAAAUUGCGCAAGAAAGAGAUGAACUUGGUUUGAAAGAGGGAGUUGGAACAAGGCCAACUCAAUUGGGGAUUAGGCCACAAACAAGUUCACUUGUAGAUGAAUCUUGUGUUUUUGGUAGGGAAUCUGAUAAAAAGAAGAUGGUAGAGUUGUUGACAUCACCUGAAUGUGGUGGAAAUGAUGUUUCUAUUAUUCCCAUAGUCGGCAUGGGUGGACUGGGAAAGACAACCCUUGCUCAGCUUGUUUACAAUGAUGAAAAAGUACAAAAGCAUUUUGAGUUAAGAAUGUGGGUCUGUGUGUCUGAUGAUUUUGAUGUUAGAAAGCUCACAAAAUCAAUUAUAGAAUCUGCAACUAGGAAAGCUUCUGAUCUCAUGGACUUGGAUGUGUUGCAAAAUGAUCUUCUAGAGAGGCUGAAAGGGAAGAGGUUUCUACUUGUGUUGGAUGAUGUGUGGAGUGAAAGAAAGAGUGACUGGGAUGUCCUUCGCCUCCCGUUUCGAUCUGGAGAUAGCGGAAGUAAGAUUAUUGUAACUACUCGUAGCGAAAAAGUUUCAUCAAUCAUGGGGACAAUGGCGGCACAUCGGUUGGAGGCGUUAUCAGAUGAUGAUUGUUGGUUAUUGUUUAAGCAGAGAGCAUUUGUGGAUGGAAAUUCAGAUUCCUACCCGAACUUGGUAGCAAUCGGGAAGGAGAUUUUGAAGAAAUGCCAAGGUUUGCCUUUAGCAGCGAAGACACUUGGAGGGCUUUUACAUGGUAAAGAAGAGGAGUAUGAGUGGGAUAUGAUCUUGAAAAGUGAUAUAUGGGACUUAAGAGAAGAUGAAAAUGAGAUUUUGCCAGCCCUUAGACUCAGUUACAAUUAUCUUCCUUCACAUCUGAAGCAAUGUUUUUCCUAUUGCUCUAUAUUCCCCAAGGAUUAUGAGUUUAACAAGGAGAAAUUAGUUUUAUUGUGGAUUGCUGAAGGGUUAGUCCAUUCUAAGGGAAGGAAACGAAUAGAAGAUGUAGGUUCUGAAUGUUUUGAUGAUUUGGUACUGAGGUCUUUCUUUCAGCAUUCUAAAAUCAAUAAGGUGCAGUUUGUCAUGCAUGACCUCAUCCAUGACUUGGCCCAAUUUAUUUCAAAGGAAAUAUGCUUUGCAGUGGAGUGUAACAGCUCACCCAAUAUCUCGGAAAAAGCUCGCUAUGUUUCCUUGCUUGUUAAUGCAUCCAAGCCAAUUUCAUUGGAGGUCUUCAAUACAUCAAAGAGUCUGCGAACAGUUUUGAUAUUAAGUAGCCAAUACAGGCAUGAAAUUCCUGAUGUGAAACUCAAUCAUGAUCUGAUUGUAAGCUUGAGACGCUUACGUUCGUUAUAUUUGAGUAAUGUUCCUAUCAAGGACCUACCAGAUUCAAUUGGAGAUUUGAAACAUCUUAGGUACCUAAACGUCUCUAACACUAAAAUUAAGGCUUUACCUGACUCAACUUGCAGUCUCUAUAAUUUACAGAUAUUGAUACUCAGAAAUUGCAGCGAGCUUUUUCAGUUGCCCAAAGCCACAACAAACCUAAUUAACCUAAGACAUCUCAGUUUAGUUGGAUGCUGGCAUCUUGCAUCCAUGCCUCCUGAAAUUGGGAGAUUGACUUGUCUGCAAACAUUGGAUAGGUUUGUUGCGAGUAAAGAAUCUGGUUGUGGGAUAGGAGAGUUGAAGAACAUGAUGCAACUCCAAGGAUCACUAUGUAUUGAUAGGCUUGAGGAUGUAGCUAAUGUUACUGAUGCCAUGGAGGCAAGUUUGAAGAAUAAGCAUUACCUUCAUAAGUUGGCUUUGGAAUGGAGCUGCAGAAGGUAUCUGCCAGAUGGAAUCGAUGAGGAUGUACUUGAUGGCCUCCAACCUCAUGCCAACAUCGAAGAACUAAAGAUAGACAAUUACCAUGGAUCUAAAUUUCCAAGUUGGAUUGGAGACUCGUCACUCUCACAUCUAGUGAAGAUUGAAUUCUCCCAUUGUGGCCACUGCAAAAUCCUUCCAUCUCUUGGGCAACUACCAUUCCUUAAACAUCUCAUUAUUGAUGCAAUGUAUGGAUUGGAAAAUUUGGGUUAUGAAUUUUGUGGUGAUGGGAAUGUACGAGGUUUUCCCUCAUUGGAGACGCUAAGACUUGAAGACAUGAAAGAUUUAAAGGAAUGGAAAGGAGCAGAGAAUGGAGAGUUUCCUUUCCUUCACGAGCUUAUCAUUAUGAAGUGUCCCAAGCUGACUACUCUUCCAAGAUUUCCAUCUCUCCAGGACUUAGUUUUGGAUGAAUGCCAUGAGAAGAUACUGAGCUCAUUCCCUCACAUAAUCUCUAUUUGCACCUUGAAGAUGUCGAAUUUUCGGAAGCUAAUGUUCCUACCUGAAGGAUUUUUUCAUCACCUAAGUGCACUCAAAGAACUGAGAAUCCAUCAUUGUUAUCAGCUCAUGACAUUGCAGAAGGUGGGUUUGGAAGACCUUAAAUCUCUUUGCCACUUGGAAAUUUUGUGCUGUCCUCAACUUGUGGAUUUGUCGGAAGGACUACCUACAACACUUCAACAUCUCUCUGUUCAUGUAUGUAGCAAUCUCAAGUCCCUACCGGAGGGGCUACAAAACCUGUCAUCUCUUCAGGACUUGGACAUUUACAAGUGUCCACAACUGGCAUCCUUCCGGUCAGAUAGGUUACCAACAAUGCUUAAAAAUUUGAAGAUAUCCAAAUGUUCAAAUCUCAACUCCUUACCUAUGGGUUUACAAGACAUUACAACCCUUGAAUCUUUGGUAAUUGAAGGUUGUCAUCAUAUAAUAUCUUUGCCAGAGGAGGGGCUGCCAAUCAGCCUCCAUUCUUUAAUGAUCCGAGAAUGCGAAAUACUAGAGAAACGGUGUCAAGAAGGAGGGGAGGAUUGGGCGAAGAUAUCUCACAUUCCCCGUAUUCACAUUGGAAACUUUUGA